AUGCUUCGGCUUGUUCGUGGCCUAGCCACCUCUGCUAAACCAAAACUACCAAAACUCCAGGAUAUUCUUAUUGUGGGAGGUGGACCUGCGGGCCUUUCGCUUUUGCUGGCUCUUAAGAAUACACCUAGCACCAGCCACCUCAAGUGUACAUUGGUAGAAGGUCUGAGUCUUGAUGGAGUCAGACAGUUCGCCCAGGACCCGCCAGAGAACUAUACAAACCGUGUCGUUUCGUUGACGCCAAAGUCGGUGGAGUUUAUGAGCACGAAACUGGGCAGCUGGGACUUUAUUCAGCAGGAUAGAGUCAGGUUUUAUGAUAACAUGAUUGCAUAUGAUAGUCAGGAUCCAGAUGCUCGUAUUGAGUUCGAUACGUCUGUGGUGCCUGGCGCUGGGGCUAUCGCUGCUAUGGCAGAGGUGCUUAAUAUUCAAGGCUCGUUGUUGGAGAAGAUCGAGUCUUUAAACGAGACUUUGGAGGAUGAGUUCCAAGCUAACAUUGUGGAGAAGGCCCGUGUGGUGGAUAUCAAGCAAGGCGAGGGAGACUUGGACUGGCCAGUUGUGGAGUUGGACAAUGGUGAAAGCUACCAGGCAAGGCUUUUGGUCGGUGCUGAUGGUCAGAAUUCGCCAGUGAGGAAAUAUGCUGGUAUUGAAUCUCGUGGCUGGCCUUAUAACCGUUUUGGUGUCGUGGGAACUUUGAAAUUGCAGUAUGAGGAUUAUAGAUCCAUUGCAUGGCAGAGAUUCUUGACCACCGGUCCAUUGGCUAUUCUUCCUUUGACUGACGAUAACGCUACGUUUGUAUGGUCCAGUACGCCUGAAUUGGCAGACACUUUGUUGAAGGUCGACGAUGCUAUUUUCCCUCAUUUGAUCAAUGCCGCUCUUGUUCUUGAAGAGGUCGAUCUUAAUUACAUCUACAAGGCCUUGAGAGCUAACCCUAAGGAUGAGCUGGUCAUAGAAGAGAUCCAAUGGAGAAUCUCCAGAGUUCCCGAAGAAGAGCUCGAGGAGAAGUACCCUGUACCUAUUGCCGAACUUAUUGCGGGCUCUAGAGCCAGAUUUCCUUUGAAACUCCUUCAUGCUGACACUUAUACAACCGCUAGAGUGGCCUUGGUUGGUGACGCUGCUCAUACAGUGCACCCAUUGGCUGGUCAAGGUCUUAACAUGGGCCAAACUGACGUGGCUGCUUUGAUGGAGACGAUCGAAACUGGUAUUACUCGUGGCCAGGAUAUUGGUUCGAAGCUUACUUUGGACUACUACACCGCCAAGGCAUGGCCUGCUAACCACAUGUUGAUGGGUAUCUGCGAUAAGCUCCACAAGAUCUUCUCUACUGAUUUCCUGCCUAUCGUUUGCUUGAGAGGUUUUGGCUUGAAGUCUCUUAACAUGUUUGGUUCUGUCAAGGAUAUGAUGAUUAAAUCUAUCAGCGGUAACCCAUAA